AAAAUGGCGCGUAAGAAAGAAGAUAGAAAUAAUAUGUCUGCUCUUUUCUAAUGUUCGCUGACUGCGUGGCGAGUUAGGAACGUGAUAGUUUUAUUUUUCAAAUAAACGGAUUAAAAAAUGCCGGGAGAAACCAAGGACGACGUGGAACUGCUUCAGACGAUCGGUUUGAGUGAGCAGAAGGCUAAAGAGACCUUAAAAAAUGCUUCUGUCACGAAAAAUCUCAAGCUGGCAAUUAACGAGGCAGCUAAGCAUGGCUCUAUUUCUCAAGAUAUUGGUGUUUUGCUGUACCAUCUUGCUUCCAAGAUUAAAAACCAGAUUGCAGAUAAAAUACCGUUUAUUACUAAUUAUAUAAUUGAGAAGAAGCUAGACACUGUGCAAAGGGUAGAUGCUGCAUUAGUUUAUUUGUUAGCUAACGUGAACAAUGCUGACAAUAUUGAUGUGGCAAAAUUUGAGAAGACUUGUGGUAUAGGAGUGGUAGUUUCACCUGAACAAAUAGAAGAAGAAGUAGAAAAGGUUAUAAAGACACACAAGGAUGAGAUAAUAGAAAAGAGGUACCGCUUUAAUUGUGGUCCAUUAAUGCAGCAAGUGAGGAACACCUUAAUGUGGGCAGAUGGCAAAGCAGUAAAGAAUGAAUUUGAUGUCCAGCUUUUGGAUCUAUUGGGGCCAAAAACUGAUGCUGAUCUUGCACCGGCACCUAAACAAGUGAAACAGCCAAAGGACAAGCAGGCAAAAGCAAAGAAAGAUGUAAAGGAAGAACAUAAAGAAACAUCGAGCAGUGAGAAGGUAGAAGCGCAAACCAUAAGUGAACUCAUGAAGACCAAAGUUCACUUCCACAAGCCUGGAGAGAAUUAUAAGACCGAGGGAUAUAUCGUAACGCCAAACACGCAUCGUUUGUUGCAAGAGCAUGUGAAGAUUACUGGUGGCAAAGUGAGAACAAGAUUCCCACCAGAACCUAAUGGAAUCUUACACAUUGGACAUGCAAAGGCUAUUAAUAUCAACUUUGGAUACGCUGCUGCUUAUGACGGCAUAUGUUAUUUGCGGUAUGAUGACACAAAUCCUGAGAAAGAAGAGGAAAAGUUUUUCAUUGGAAUUCGGGACAUGGUAGAGUGGCUCGGUUACAAACCGGCCAUGAUUACGCACUCGUCGGAUAACUUCCAGCAAUUGUACGAAUGGGCUGUGGAGCUCAUAAAGAAAGGUUUUGCCUACGUUUGUCAUCAGUCUAGCGAUGAAAUGAAAGGUUUCAAUCCUCCGCCGAGUCCAUGGCGCGACAGGCCAAUCGAAGAAAGCUUGAAGCUAUUUAAUGAUAUGAAGGAUGGUUUGUUCGAAGAAGGCGAAGUGACUUUGCGCAUGAAAGUGACUUUAGAGGAGGGCAAGCAAGAUCCGGUUGCGUACAGAAUCAAGUAUUCACCGCAUCACCGAACCGGCGAUCAAUGGUGCAUCUAUCCCACUUACGAUUAUACUCAUUGCUUGUGCGACAGCAUCGAAAAUAUCACCCACUCUCUCUGCACGAAGGAAUUCCAAUCACGAAGGUCAUCUUAUUACUGGCUUUGCAACGCCUUGGACAUUUACUGUCCCGUGCAAUGGGAGUACGGCCGACUAAAUAUCAAUUACACCGUGGUUUCUAAAAGAAAGAUUGCCAAAUUAAUACAAGAGGGAAUCGUAUCGGAUUGGGACGAUCCCAGAUUGUUCACAUUGACCGCGCUGCGUAGACGUGGCUUUCCUCCGGAAGCUAUAAAUAAUUUCUGUGCCCAAAUGGGUGUGACUGGCGCACUAGCGACCGUCGACCCAGCAGCACUGGAAGCAGCUGUCAGAGAUGUUCUGAAUCUCACUGCACCUCGACACAUGGUCGUUCUGGAGCCUAUUAAACUGACCAUCAAAAACUUCACUCAUGAGAAAGAGACGCUCAAUGUGCCUGAUUUUCCCAAUGAACCGGAAAGAGGAAGUCAUGAAAUCAAGUUUUGUGAAACCGUGUACAUAGAAGCUUCGGAUUUCAAAGAAGUCGAGGAAAAGGGUUUUAGACGUCUGACACCGAAGCAACCUGUCGGCUUGAAGCACGCGGGUAUCAUACUAAAGUUUCAAAGUAUCGAAAAAGAUGAGAGUGGCAAUAUUACAAAUAUAAUUGUCACACAAGAGCCUGUCACAGAAAAGAAUAAACCGAAGGCAUUCAUACAUUGGGUAUCUGAUCCGUGCUUAGCAUCUGUCAGGCUGUACGAGCGCUUAUUUAAGCACAAAAACCCAGAAGAUACAAAUGAGGUACCGAAUGGGUUUUUAAGCGAUAUAAAUCCAUCCAGCAAAAAGGUCGUUGUAGCAUAUAUCGAUCAUAGUUUGCCCCAAACAGCGAACGUAUACGAUAAGUUCCAGUUCGAACGUAUCGGCUUCUUUUCUGUUGAUCCCGAUAGUGCCAAAGUGUCGAAUAAAUAUCGGCUUGUUUUUAAUCGUACUGUAACAUUGAAAGAAGAUGCCGGAAAGGUGUAAGCAUGUCUUCAGAAAGUGUUGUAAACAAAUUUUUACUUUUAUUACUUUUUUAUAUCGAUUAUAAAAUGCGAGAUAAAAGUACGUCCUUCGUUUGUUACAUUAAAUAUUAAUGUGGUUAUUAUUUUAGAUUUCUUGUGAAUUUUUUAAUCAUGAUUAUGCUUCUUAAGUUAAAACUUUGAGUCAGUAAUAUUAUAUAUAUUUCCGUCGUAUAUAAUAUAUAUCUUUUUUGUUAUAAUAUAUAUUAUA